GUGGACUGGAGGUUGGUGCCUCUUGCUCUGACGUAUGUACAUGUAGGUAGCUCCCCCGACACGCUCGGCGAUAGUCCUGCAUCUUCUCUCCAGGUCAAUCGUCCAUCCCUACUUAUACCAGCCAGCCUAAGCAAUAAAGCGCGCCUUGCUGCUGAAUCCUUACAGUAUGCUGCGAGCCCGUGCAGUCCACCGCUCGUCAUGACAGAGGCAAAGCCCAAUGCGGGCCAUCACGAGCAUCUACAUCCCGUCGAUGCAACUUCACAAGCUCGGCAAGCAGGCGCUGGAACUGCGACCGCGACCGAUGGUGUUGCAUCACAAGGUCUUGAUAAGUCGGGUACUGUGUUGGCAAGCGGAGAUGGCCGGGUGGCAGACAGCAAAGCCGACAAUGGAAGUGAAAUAGGCGACAAGGUUCAAGACGAGGAAGACGAUGAGGAGGAGGAAGAAGAAUCGGACGAUGAAUCAGACGAGGAUGAAGACGAAGAUGAAGACGAUGAGGAGGAGGAGGAAGAUGACGAACCGAGGCUCAAAUAUGCCCGUCUCACGCAGCACCUGGCGCCCGUGUAUAGGAACGGCGACUCCACGAGUGCUUUUCUUGUUGCUGGUGACAAGAUGAUUGUGGGCACACACAAGGGAAAUAUCCAUGUUAUCCAACUUCCUACCUUUCAGUCGUUGAUUGCUUACCACGCCCACGAUGCAUCUGUAACGAGUAUCUCUAUUUCACCUUAUCCCCCCCCUGCGUUGCCCGCUACCUUAAAGCCCGAAGCUCUGGCCAGAGCUACCGCACAAGCCGCGAGUCGUCCUCCGUCACAGCAUACAGACUCGUCCCCUGCUCGACAAUCGCGAAAAUUGCGGGAACUUCCCCAGGUUCCUAAUCUUCCCUCGAACAAUAUUUUCAUUGCGACCUCGUCUAUGGAUGGCCUCGUCCGUGUUCAGUCUUUACUCGACCUCAAAGACUGCCAACUAAGAAACUUUGCGAGGCCGGUUCAAGCUGUCGCCGUGUCCCCAGAAUAUAAGAGCGAUAGAACAUAUCUCUCCGGUGGUCGUGCCGGAAAUCUUGUGUUGACUAUAGGUGCUCCACAGGGCCGGAGUACCUCGACAACCGUAGGCACAGCUGCAGCCGCUGCAUCAGGCUGGCUCGGAAGUAUGGGCUUAGGCAAUAAUACAGGGAAGGAUACUAUUCUUCACUCCGGAGAAGGUGCUAUUAGUACUAUCAAGUGGUCCUUAUCUGGAAGAUAUGUCGUCUGGCUGAAUGAGCACGGUAUGAAGAUAAUGCGCACUAAGCUGCAUCUGGAGAGCGCCGAUGCCGAAGACGCCUGGAAGCGGAUUGGCCAUAUAGAUCGCCCUCACACAGACGAAUGGGAGGAGAUGGCUGGGUUCUGGGAAGGGCGGGCCGAGUGGAUUGAUGAUCAGGCUCUCGGUAGCGGUGAUGACGAAGCUAAAGAAGGUAGCCUGCCGGGAACAUCUUCGCCUGCUACGACAAAGCUCACCUCUCAAGCAAAGAACUACGAUAAGUCUAUUGAACGACUGAUAGUAGGCUGGGGCGGCACCAUUUGGAUUAUUCAUGUCCAUCCAGGGAGUGUGGGCUCUGGUGAGAAUGACGCGCGGAGAUCGGCUGGGAGGGCGGAAAUCGCAAAAAUAUUGCGCAUGGAUUGUAUUAUUUCAGGCAUUUCGCUAUAUACCCAGAAUUUGCUUUUAGUUCUUGCUUAUUGUAAUCCAGAAGAGGAAGAUGACGAUGAUGAUGGCAAGAACAACGGAAAAUCACUGACAAGUGACUUGACAUCGGGUCAUGAGACCAAGCUUUCCACAACAUCUAAAGGUAGUGGACCAUCUAGUGGGAUUAGACACCGGCGAAAUGCGCUUCGCCCUGAGCUCAGACUCAUCGAUCUCGUUUCCCAAGUUGAAGUGGACAAAAGUAGUCCGCCAAUCAACAACUUCCAAGGUCUAUCUUCAAAUGACUAUCACCUAGGCGUUCUUCCUGCUAGUAGAGCUGCCUCGGUAGCUGCUUCAAGGGGUGCUCUAGAAGCAUUAGCGGGAUUUGGUAAUGAGAUGUGGAAUGCUGCGAUUAAUCCAAUCUCGCUCUUUAGUUCCGGUGCCAGUAUCAGGAGCAAAAACAGCAACGAUGCAGCUUCGAGAAGCCAAGCAGGAAACGCACCAAAUAGUAUGCGAGCUGGGCUGUACUCUACCUCAGAAACGGCACACCCGAAUCUGGUAAAACCUGGGGCAAAACUCUUCAUUCACAGUCCAUAUGACUGCAUACUGGCCACCAAAAGAGACCUGAGCGAUCAUCUUGCCUGGCUCUUGGAGCGCGAGAAGUAUGAGGACGCAUGGGAGCUUCUUGAUGAGCAUCCCGAGAUUGUGACCGUCUCUGAAGAUCCGGAUCCUGGAUCCGUACCGACUGUGGAUCCAAAACUCUCGGUUACUGAUGAAUUCAGUGAAGAGACCUCUUCAGUGAUUCCCUCACAGAAGCUUACGAGCACGCCGGUGGAAAGAGAAAAACAGCGAAUAGGUGAACUAUGGAUUCAGGAACUCCUGGACAAUGGUGACUGGGACAAAGCAGCUAGGAUCGUGGGCAUGGCAGUGCAAACUCCGGAUCGAUGGGAGAAAUGGGUGUAUACUUUUGCUGGGGCAAAGAAAUUUGACGAGAUCGUUAACUAUAUUCCCUCUGAACCGAUGCACCCGCCGAUCCCCGGAACUAUAUACGAGAUUGUACUCGGCCACUACUUACGAACAGACAAACCCCGUUUCAAAGAACUACUAGAACGCUGGGGCCCAGAUCUUUUCAGCAUCCAAGAGGUAGCAACAGCGCUCGAGAACACAUUAAAAUUCCGAGACGUCCGCGAAGACAGCAUCGAGGGUGGCGAGAAGGGACGCGACUGGCGGAUUGUUAUGGAAAGCCUGGCACAUCUUCAUGAGCUCAACGGAAAGCAUCGAGACGCAUUGAAGUGUUAUAUCAAACUACAGGAUGCGGAUUCAGCAAUGAGACUAAUAAAAGAAAACCACUUAGCUGAUGCUGUGGCCGAUGACGUAGCAAGCUUUAUUGCCCUGAGAGUGCCUGAGGCGUACAUGAGUCAAAUGAACGAGGAAGAACUUGCUGAGGCUACAUCGGAAGCAAUAACAUUGCUUGUGGACGAAACCCAGCGAGGCCUCAUUCGGCUUGAUACCGUGGUGUCCCAGUUGGAGAAGAAGAGCUUAAACCUAUACCUCUAUUUUUACUUCCGCGGUCUUUGGCACGAAUAUCGAGAACGACCCGUGGACGAGACCAUAUCUCUCAUCGACGAAUAUGCGGACUUGGCGGUUCAUAUAUUUGUUCUGUUCAACCGCGAACUGCUAAUGGACUUUUUGCGGAUAUCAACAUCUUACACUUUUGAGAGGGCUGUUCAAGAGUGUGAGCAUGUCAAUUAUAUCCCAGAGCUUGUCUAUCUAUACUCCAAAACAGGGCAAAUGAAACGAGCGCUAUAUCUUAUAAUUGAUCGACUCGGAGAUGUUUCUCAAGCCAUAGGCUUCGCGAAAGAACAAGACGAUCCUGACUUGUGGGAAGACCUCUUAGAGUAUAGUAUGGACAAACCGCGCUUCAUUCGAGGAUUACUGGAAGAAGUUGGAACUUCAAUCAAUCCCAUCACUCUCGUCCGACGCAUUCCGGAAGGUCUCGAGAUUCCCGGACUACGGGAGGGCUUGAAGCAUAUCAUGAAGGAACACGAGAUCCAAUACAGUAUCUCGUCAGGAGUGGCUCGUGUCCUCAGGUCAGAGGUUGUAGCUGCGCAAAGUCAGCUUCGCAGUGGUCAACGCAAGGGGAUCAAAUUUGAUGUUAUGAUUCACUCCUCAAACCACGUGGAUAUAGAGGCUAAAGACGUUCCCAACAUUUCCGCCGGGGACCUCUCAUCUCCAGCGGCUACGCCCCGGACGAAUGGCUCGGGUACACCGGCAACUGUUGUUACAAACACCGCGCUUUCAUCCAUGAGCAAACCUGGUCAGCAGCCUGGCCAUGACCAUAGAGAGCCCCAGCCAGGUCAUUGCGCACAAUGCCACGAACCAUUUUCCGAGUGGGAAACGGAGACUUUACUGGGAUUUGCAUGCGGUCACGUAUUUCAUGUCACCCAUCUACUCGAAGCCCUGCACCCAGGACAAGAUACCGACCCUACGCUGGCUGGUAACGGAGACCUAAGACGGUCAAGAGGAGGACGUUUUGUUGGAAGCAAGGUUACUCAUGCACGCCUCCUCCGAGAUCGUGUUGAGAACGGCUGUCCCGUUUGUAAGUCCAAGAGACAAGCUGUUGGGCAGGAAAGUCAUGUAUAAGCGUUCGAAAUGAGCAUUUUUCGGCGUUAAUGGAACUCAAGAUCAUAUCACGGAAAACAAAUAUCUGGUCAUUAGUGUCGUAUCAUGCAUUGUACCAUCUUAGGCCAUAUCAUGUCUUUGCUUAGAGGCUUGGAACUCCAACACCGCAUUAUUAAUACCUAGAAUAUCAAUAUCUAAUCCUACAAUUUUGAAG